AUGGCCCCUUGGCGCCUCCACCCUGAACUGCUCCUGGCAGUGGCCGCUCUUUUUGCUGCGUCUGCUGCUGCUGACUACACCCCUCGUGAUACAGCGUCCGUCUGCUCACCGAAGAGGAACUACACCGACGGCAGCCAGUACGAGAUCAACCUCGACCAACUCCUCCACGGCCUCCAUGACGGCGCGGUCGGGAAUGGCGGCUUCUUCGAGACCAGUCGCGGCAUUUACCCCGACAAGGUAUACGGCCAAGCCAUGUGCUACGCCGACUGUGAGUGGACAAAGUGCCAGCUCUGCUUGCAGGUGGCACCGUCCUACGUGAUGAUCAAAGGCUGUCCCUACAGUCGGCAGGCCGCCAUCAUGUACGACUGUUGCUACCAGCGCUACUCAGACAGGAAAUUCUCCGGCCACGCCGACUUGUUCGGCAAUGGGUUCGACUACAUAGACGGUAGGAGCUAUGCGGAUGCCAUGAACGAGACGAGGUGGAAGCUGGUAACCCAGCUCAUGGCCGAGGCCGCCGGGUCGGCACUGCGGUUCGCCACCGGUAGCCAGACAUACGUGGACUCGCAUGGCAAUUCCCAGGUGAUGUACGGCCUGGUGCAGUGCUCCAGAGACUUGUCGGCGACCGACUGCACCGACUGCCUUAAUAACAUCGCACAAGCGAGCAUGAUCCGGAACGCCACCAUUGCUAACUACAGAAGGUACGGCUGCUACAUCACCUACACACCCAAUGCUAUCGACAUCCGGUCAUCUGCAGACCUGCCUCAGCGCCGCCCAAAACGACGGCUCGUCUGGACGGUGUGCGCCGCCGUCACGGGUUCCGUCGUAUUGUUGAUCUGCAUUAGCAUCUCAGUGCGGCUCUUUUUGCGCCACCUAGAGAGGACGCCCUCUCCCUGCAGGGUGUAUCAAGAAGACGACGAGGCCAUGGAGAACGAGUUCAUGAAAGGGACUGGACCUAGGCAAUUCCGCUACCGUGAGUUGGCAGCUGCGACCGACAACUUCUCGGAGGACAAGAAGUUUGGGGAAGGCGGGUUUGGCUCGGUGUACAGAGGGUUCUUGAAGGACUUGAGACUUGAGGUGGCUAUCAAGAGAGUGUCCAAGGGCUCCAAGCAGGGGAGGAAGGAGUACGCCUCUGAGGUGAGGGUCAUAAGCCGGCUUCGGCACCGUAACCUGGUGCAGAUCGUUGGCUGGUGCCACGCCAGAGAGCAGCUCCUCCUGGUCUAUGAGCUGAUGCCCAACAGCAGCCUCGACGUUCACCUUCACCGUGCAGACAAUGUGUUGUGGUGGCCAGUCAGGCAUAAGAUCCUGCUGGGGAUCGGCUCCGCGCUUCUCUACCUACAUGAGGAAUGGGAGCAGUGCGUUCUGCACAGGGACAUCAAGACGAGCAACGUGAUGUUGGACGCGUCAUUCAACGCUAAGCUUGGCGACUUCGGGCUCGCCAGGCUUGUCGACCACGAUAGAGGGUCGCACACGACGGAGCUCGCCGGCACGCUGGGGUACAUGGACCCAGAGUGCACCAUCACCGGGAGAUCCAGCACCGAGUCGGACGUCUACAGUUUCGGCGUCGUGCUGCUCGAGAUCGCGUGUGGACGGAGGCCCACCGCGGCUCGGCCGGACGGCACACUGAUCCACCUGGCGCAGCGGGUAUCAGAGUUGUAUGGCCAAGGGAGGAUCCUCGACGCAGCCGACGCACGGCUGGAUGGGAACUUCGACCCGCAGGAGAUGGAGCGCGUGCUAGCCGUCGGCCUCUGGUGCGCGUGCCACAACCGGGACCUAAGGCCGUCCAUAAGGCAGGCCAUCAACGUGCUACGGUUGGAGGUGCCGCUUCCCGACAGGAUUCCGCCGGUUGGCCAUGCGGCCGGCCCUCUUCCCAUGCCAGACUCUGAUACGGGUCACAGCUCUAGCACCAGCACUGCUCAACAGCCAAUAUAA